AUGCGACACUGUCAAAAUGGCGGAAAAACACUGCGCCCGGAAAAACUGGCGAUGCACUAUAGAACGAGCAGAAAAGUUUAUUUCCUCCCAAUAUUUUUCUGAUAUCAACUUGUACAGCAGGUAUGUACUUGUCACGUCCACUGCCACUGCAUCAAACAUUGAUUCAAAUGCAGAUUCAUCUUUGUUACAUUUAUGCCACAUCACCAUUCGGCCAGUUGCUCCGAAAACGUCUAUAAUGAAAGUGCAAGAAAUGUAAAAUUAUGUGGAAAGAGAGACAGAGAGUCAAACAAGAAAUCCCCUGUGUUUUCAGUCCUUUCCUAGUUAAUGUUAAGACACCAGCAACAUUUGGCUGUUUAUCGGAGAACAAAAGAAUUUUACAGCUGAUUUCAGUGCAGCGUUUUUAGACAUGAUUCGACCGAGAGGUUACAAAGCAGUACAGUAUUCUACUGGAAUCAAAGCACACAAUCUGAAAUUUACUUUGAUGAUUAUAGCUUGAAUGUUUCUCUUGUAAUUCAGAAAAAGAGGACCGUGAUUCUCCUUUUCAGACAACAAUCGCAAUGCAUGUUAUCGCGCGUGUCGACGGCUCUUUUCUUGACCUUUUUAUUAGGCUUCUACCUUGAUCUUUAAAGAAAUAUAGACCUUGUCACGGUUUUGGACGCCAUCUUGACGAGUAGGCAAACGCGAAAGAAAUUACAGUGUUUGUAUGUGAAUCUAAUUUCGAAUAAUUUCCGCAGAACGGCUGUUAUGAAAAAAAUAUGAUUUGUAAACCAAAGCUUCACUCCUAAGGAUUCUACUGAAAAAAUUUGAGGGCACUACAUUCACUAGAAGACCUAGAACCACUUUUUAAAUUUCCUAUACACGUCCCGGGAAAAUUACAGACAAAUGUAUGGAAAAUCUAAAGCAAGCCUCUGGAGAAAUUUAAGCACAGGUAAGCCUCCAAAAUUUUUUCGGACGAUCCUUUGCUUUGUACCUUUAGUUUAUUGAUAUUUUUUUCAGAACAGCUGUCGUACAGAAAUUGUUCGACUCUAGAUUCUCAUACAAACACUGUAAUUUCUCACGGGUUUGCCUUCUCGUCAAGAUGGCAUCGAAAACCGUGACAAGGUCUAUUAUAUUUUACCCUUUUUGAAUAAAAACAAAUGUUGCUUUCUUUUAGUUAAGGUUUUCUUAACAUGAGCUUUCCAUUUUCUAAAACGUUUGUGUUUUUUUGUAACGUGCCUUGAAUUUCUUUUUUUUUGAAAUUUUUCCCCUUUUUUGGUUUUUUUUUCUCCUUUCCGAAAUCUUUUUUCCCAAAAACUCCUUUUUUUUCCCAUCCCCCCCCCUUUUUAAUUAAAAGCCCCCUUUUUUCCCCCCCCCCCCCCCAAAUUUUGCAUAACCAUUGUUUUUCAUUUCUUCUGGGCAUUACAACUGUCUCAAGAGAAAUUGAAAACAAUGCUUAUGCAAAAUUUUGGGGGGCAAAUAAGGCACAUUAUGGGAGAUGUACAAGUGGCGCAUGAUAUUUUUCUGGGGUUGACAAAUAUUAAACUUUCUAGCAAAUUCUUUGACAACAGCAGACUGAUCAAUUUAUCUGUUGAUUUUUUCUACAAAAUGUCAAGUCUUCCUGUUAUAUUUUAAUUAUGCAGAUUCUAAGUAAGGAUGAAAAAGUACUAACUUCAGGAAAUUCAAAUUUGCCUCCCUGUUAACUAAAUUUACAUCACAGCAGUUACAUGUAAAUUGCGAGCAUUCACCGACACCAAAAUACCGAAACCUUGCCAUACAGAAGAAGACUAAAUGAUAAAACAUCAGACUAUAUUUUCUAUUGCUUUUCGUCGUAUUGAUAAUAUUUCGUCUACUGUGAAAUUGGCUACAGAAAUACAUUGGCAAUUGAACUCCAAGUUUAUCUCUUUUUAUCAUUCUGUAUCAUGUCACCACUUUCCAUGCAAUAAAGCUUUCCUCUUCAGGUGAAACACAUUUGUCAGGAUUCUAGCUUUGUUACACUUGUGCCUUUUGGUGAUAAGCUUUCUUUGCCAGCCAGAUGAUAUGUUUCUCUCACUGUUUCAGAUCCCAUGGCAGAAUUCUCGCCUGCCUUUAUUUUUGUAACCGUUUAUGUACUGUGAAGCCAUACAUCACAUGAUUGGUGUCAAAUCAUGACAGGUCAAAUCAUAACCGUUGAAUCAUGUCUGAAAAUCCGGAUCUAUACAUAACAAUGAAAUCAGCUGUAAGCAAGGCUACAUUCACACAUAGCCAUUGGAAGCCCCCUCCCCUAAAAAAAAAAUUGGGGAGAGAGACGUAUGUGAAUUGCAGUCAUUAAUUGUGUUCUGGUAUACAUUUGCAUAAAUUAUAUGAAAUGCCAAACCAGCCAUCCAAAGUAUUAUGAAUGAUUAUAUGUUAGGACAAUCAAUAAUAAGACAAGUACAAGUACUAGUUAAAUAACAUACCGGAUGUUCUUGUUGUAGAUUGUACUCUAAGAAGCUGUCAGUGAGUUCACUUACCCACUUCGCUGCUCCUGGUAGGGUCACAUACAAUGAGGCUAUCAGGGAAAAAUUUGUGGAAACUCAAGUUGGAUGCAGUUUUGGUCCAACGUAAGAUUGCACUUUUAAUCAUGAGACAGUAUUCUUAAAAGCUAAAUUUUAGUGAAGUCCUGAAGACAUAAUUUUCAGUUCUCAACCCAUAAUUAGUGCUCUGUCAAAGCACUGUGAUGGGUACUCAUUAUAUAUAGACAUUUUCAUCCUGUACUAAAGAUUAUGCAUGCAAGUAUACAUUUGGGAAGUAGAUAUCUGAUUUACCAUGCAUGUAAUAUUGCCGAAAUCUUUAUCAGGUGGUCCACACAUUGGUUCAAAGUUAUUAUCCACAUUCCAGAAGAAUGGAAGGGAGAGGCAGUGCACUUUAGGUGG